CUGGCAUUCGCGUCUCUGUACUCGAAACUAUACAACUAGUUUCUUGAUAGUCCAUGCUAAACCUGUCGCAUCUUGGUGGAUAACUCAUUAGCCCCGUGGUACCAGAAAUCAUGGCACCCCCAGCCGCGAAGCAAACCUCCAAGAGGUCGCAAAAGGAGCAAGCACACGAUGAGUCGGUUAUGUCUACAAACAGCAGUAGCAUUGUCUCCAAGAGAAGUGUUGAACGCAUCUACUAUCUGAACGAGCCUCACUUCUUUCGCUUUUUUGUCAAAAAGUUUCAGAGACGCUCCCCCUUGAUCAAUCGUGGCUACCACCUCAGGUUACAUGUCAUCGAUGUAGCGGUCAGGAACUUCCUCCAAAGGAGCUCUGAAAAGAAGAAAGUAGUCAUUAAUCUUGGAUGUGGAAGUGAUGUCCUUCCAUGGCAAUGCAUGACGAGAUAUCCGGAUCAUUGCAACAGUGUCAAGUUCAUAGAUGUCGACUUUCCUGACCUUAUGGAAAACAAGUCCAAAACUGUUCGAAGUACACCAGAGCUCAACUCUAUGCUCACGGGAGUUGAGGAAUCCGGACACCCCCAUUUGAUCUUACAGAGUGACCGAUAUGUACAAAUCGGGUGCGAUCUGCGGGACUUGACCGAGAUCCAUGAUGCGCUGUCGAGCGUUGUCACUAUUGCCGACUGCGAGUUUAUGUUUGUUGCGGAAGUCUCUAUUACUUAUAUGGAAACCAAAGCGGCGGAUGCGGUCAUUCGCUGGGCAAGUAGCCUCGGCCAAGCCGAGUUCUGUCUUCUGGAGCAAAUCAUUCCCGAUGGCGCGGAUCAUCCUUUUGCGGAGACCAUGCUGAAGCACUUUGAAAAGCUGAAAACACCCCUGAAAUCGGUGUUUGCGUAUCCAGAUCUUGAAGCCCAGAAAGAUCGCUUUGCGCGCCUGGGAUGGUCAUAUGUCGAGGCGGAGUCACUCUGGAGUACCUGGUCUUCUCCAAAGUACCUCUCGUCAGAUGAUCGAAAGGUCAUCAACAAUGUCGAGCCAUUUGACGAAUGGGAGGAAUUUGCUGUGUUCGGGAGUCAUUACUGUGUUAUCACAUCGCGCACCGGGACUAUAGUGUCGGACCACUGUCGUCGACACGGAGUGGAUCAAGACCCGCGUCAUUUGGGACCAAUCCGCAGUCUUGUGGCUUUGACUGAGUUCAGUGACGACGGGACUCGGGGUCAGCGGCGGUUUGGAGCUCCCAUGAUGCUGGAGUCUCACAUUGGGGACAAACUGCUCGUCAACAUGUUUGGUUUCGGACACACAACGCGCUUGAAAUCGUUGGAUCUUUUCAGUUCUCAUCCACCAGCCAGGGACCUGAAGCUUCCUUCGGCUGGCCCACCUGGUAGGAUGUGUCAUACAAUCGUAGAAUUGGGUACUUAUGGCAAUAUCCUGAUGGGAGGUAGAGCAUCACCAUCGAACCCACUAAAGGACUGCUGGCUCUUCAACAAGAAUAGUCAGACGUGGCAGCAGUUACGAGAUCUGCCAACUCCCCUCUAUCGACAUGCUGCCACCAGACUAGGCAGUUCACACCUGGCACUUGUUAUCGGCGGCAAGACUGGGCCAUCCUCUGUCUUUAAUGGAUCUUUCCUAUAUCACCCAGAGACGGGAUGGGUAGAGUGUAGAAUUUCAAAUCGGUGCUACACGCCAGUUUUCGGCGCCGUGCUUGUCAGCUUCAACCCUAUGUAUUCAGAUGAUACAGACUGCUCCCGCUCGGUUCACUUUCGAGGGAUACUUGCUGGCGGACUUCUUGAAGAUGGGACAGUGGCCAAGCAAAUUCUCCGUUGGGAUUUGGAACUGCCAGAAUCUGGGCAACCCAUCAUCAACUUCACCUCGUAUGCAGGAACACAAUCAGCUACGGCAGCUGGAGGCCAGAAAGAACUAAAACUUGAUUCAAUCAUAUGCAGAUUUGGAGCAAGUGCUUUUGUCGACGAGCAUGGAAGCCUUCUGAUCGUGGGUGGCAUUAUUGAGGACUAUACAAUUCCAAGAGAGCAGGAAAUACUGGUCGUCGAUAUCACUCUACCCAAGUACCAAGUCAUCGCCACGGCCUCGCUCAUUCAGGCUGAUGAGGGUAAAUUAAUCCCUAGGCCACUGCUUCUUGGGAUCUCGGUUGCUCCCACUGCGGAUGGGAGGCUUGUGAUUAUGGGUGGUGGCGCUACAUGCUUCUCAAUGGGCACAUAUUGGAAUAAAGGUUGCUAUACUUUGAGCCGCAGCCCCAUCUCAGCCAUGCAGAUUGUGCUGGCGAAUACCGUGCGCAAACCAUUGGGGACCACAUGGAAAUACCACCAAACUCUUGAGGUCACUGACGCUGCUAAUGCCCAGAUGCCUUCCAGGCCAGAAAUGGGUGCGCAACAAGCUGUGACGGUGCAGAUACCAAGGCUUCGGCUUGACUCCCCAGAGGCCUUCUCCGAUAUUUUGACAGCCAGUAGACCUGUCAUUAUCGAAGGCAGUAAUCUCGGCAGCUGCUUGCAAGCUUGGACACCAGAGCAUCUCGUAGCCCAAGUCGGGGAGGCCCACAGGGUGAUUGUCCAUGAAGCCAACGCGGCCAAGAUGGACUUCAACACCAAGAACUUCAAGUAUGUGACCAAAGAUUUCGGUACUUUCAUACAAGAAGUCCAACGUGGGGGGCGUAUGUAUUUACGGGCGCUUUCUGAAGUGGCGCCAACAGAGAAACCGGCUAAUCUAAGCCAAGACUUUCCCAAACUGGCGGAAGAGUUUCAACUUCCGACUGAAAUGUCAUUUGCUUCACAGAACACAUUUAGCUCCGUAUUGCGCAUCUCCGGGCCUGUCAAUAUGUGGCUACACUAUGAUGUUCAAGCCAAUGUGUAUUGCCAGAUAGUCGGAUCGAAAAGACUCAUUCUGUUCCCACCUGCAGAUGUCACGCAGUUGUCGUUUGCGCCAGGGGCGUCGAGCUCCAGCCUCGACGUUUUCGCAGAACUAGACUCAUCAUCCCUGGCAGGAACACACCCACACGAGGCCAUACUAAAGCCAGGCGACGUUCUGUUCCUACCACCGCUCUGGCUACAUACGGCAAAACCCCUGACCGGCUUCGGUGUCGCCGUAAACGUCUUUUUCCGCAACCUUGAAAACGGGUACUCCUCUGGGAGAGACAUAUACGGAAACCGCGAUCUCGCAGUCUACGAAAAGGGACGGGAAUACAUAGCGCGCCUUUUAAAUGCGUUCAGCAAGGUGCCGCAGGACAUGCGAGAAUUCUACGUUCACCGGUUGGCGGACGAGCUCUCGCAGAGGCUUCGCGACUAAGAUGCGCUCUGAUCGAUCUCGGUCACCUGUUUCCUGUCCGACCUCUGCUUUAACCAUCUGUAACCCAUUGCAACCUGAUGCCCCACAUUCUCAUUGGUAUCUCGAGCACGCUCGAGCCCGCCUCUGCGCAUACCACCUGGUAGGGCAAACCACAUGAGGGAAAUGAACAAAAAGAUGGCUAGCACGAUGGGCUGAAGGACCUCGACUCCUUUGGUCUCAGCAAUCGCACCGACCGCGAACGGAAACACGGCAGCCCCUCCUCCACCAAACGCUGCUGCAAAUCCGAUGGCCGAGACGUGGUAAUCGCUGGGAAGCAGCUUCGUGGCGGCUACAA